AUGUUUAAAGAUAGUAAUAAAGAUUUAUUAGAUCCUAUAAACGGAAAUGAAUAUUUUUUUGAUCGUAACGGCGAGGCUUUUCAUUAUAUUAUGGAAUGGUAUCAGUUAAAAUAUGAAUUAGAUUAUUUUCAAAUACCUUUAAGAAACAUAAAUAUUGAAUAUGGUAUUGAAGAAGCAUCGGAUACAUUGGAUAAAUUUAUUAUAGCGAUGGAAAACAUUAUAAAAUUGCAUAUAAAGAAUUAUAUAUCAGAUUUCACCAUACGAUUUAAUGAGAAUUAUCAAAUAAACUACAUAUCAAAUUUUGACAAUGAUCAAACAAUACAACCAUUAACACAACAAACUCAUCAGCCAAGACACAUUCAACCAGAAAAGCAACUUAAUCAUUCGACAAACAAUUUACAUCAGAGAAAAUUUAAUUUGUCAAUCGAGGAAUUGUUGCCUUUUGAAGCAUCAGGUUAUCAGAUCUUGAUAUUGAUGGGAGCUAAUUUGCAAGAACAUUUUGAAGAUCUGUUUAAAGCAAUAAAAUUGACUUGGUUUAAUGGCGAUUAUAAAAUCGAAGAUUCUGGAUCUGGUAAAAUUAUUUCAGGUAUUGAAUUACAAAUUUCAUUCAAACUUGAACCUGAACUGAUCAUCAAGAAUAGUCAACUAUUCAAAUAUAAACCAUCAAUAACAGAUAGGUAG